UUCAACCAUGCAUAUCUAUCCAUUCGUUAUUUCGAAUUAACAAACGUAUCAUUUCAUUGGUCCACCACCACCGCCGAGCCAUGACAUGAACCACCCAAACCCACCACCCCAAAACCCUAACCAGGAGGAACCAUCACCACCCAAGUUCGAGUGGGACUUCCACGUCUCCGCCGUCGUCUCAUCUCCGGCCACCGGUCAACACAUCUCCGACACACUAGGCGUCAUUGAAGUCAACUCCUCCGGCACCCUUUUCGCCACCGGUGGCAUCGCUAGAAAGAUCCGAAUCUACAACUUAAACUCACUACCACCAAUCACCACCCAUGCUACCGCAUGCCGAACUUACAUUUGUACCCCAGCAAAGCUCAGCUCCCUCAAAUGGAAACCCGGGUCGGCUGGAAAAACCAUGGGCUCGGCGGACUACGACGGGGUCGUAACAGAGUACGACCUCGAAACCCAGAUGCCCGUCUUCGAGCGCGACGAGCACUCAGGCAGACGGGUAUGGAGUAUGGACUACUCCAACCAUCUGGGUUCCGUCGUUGGAGCAUCAGGCUCUGACGACGGAACCAUGCAAAUGUGGGACCCUCGUCAUGAAAACGGGAAAUGUGUGGCUGCUGUUCAAUUCGGGGGUCCCGUGUGUUGCGUGGAGUUUAGCUCAUUUAAUGGCACAUUAUUAGCCGUUGGAUGUGCUGACACAAGAGCGUAUGUUUAUGAUGUGAGAAAAAUGGUUGAACCGGUUGCCGUUUUUGAUGGGCAUAAAAAAACCGUGAGUUACACACGAUUUUUGGAUGAUCGGACGGUUAUGACGUCGGGUACAGAUGGGUGUUUAAAAAUGUGGGACACAGAGGAUCAGAGCCUGAUUCGCACGUACAAAGGGCACACAAACCAAAGAAGAUUUGUCGGGUUAUCCGUGUGGAGAAAUCAAGGGUUAAUUGGAUGCGGGUCGGAAAGUAACCAAGUGUUUGUGUAUGAUAAGAGAUGGGGUGAACCUAUAUGGGUGCAUGAGUUCGAACCGGAGGGUGGAACCCGGUCUGAACACCGGUUCGUGAGUAGCAUAUGUUGGAGUCAAGUGGGAGAUGAUGAGUGCACUUUGGUGGGUGGUGGUUCUGAUGGAGUUGUAAAGAUUUUUUCCGGGAAAAGAAAGCAAUUAACAUCCGAUGUUUGAUUAUCAACUAACUUAAAGGUGACAAAUUAAUUUGUUUCUACGUUUGUUACUUGUGAGAAUAUUGUUUUGUUACUUCUAUAGAGCAUGUUAUGUUGUUUCUUAGUAGAUAAAUAGUUGUAACUUUUAUAAAAGUUUCAUGAUUUACAUUGACUGUUCAAAAAUGUUAGGAAAUAAGAAUAAGAAUAAUUGUUGUAAGAGCGUCACACUAGAAUUG